AUGGGCGACACCACCAUGUCGGGACUCGGCUCGGUGGCCCUCAAUGGGUCAUCGCCGAAGAAAGUCGCCUACUUUUACGAUUCUGACAUUGGAAACUACGCCUAUGUCACCGGCCAUCCCAUGAAGCCUCAUCGAAUUCGACUGGCCCAUAGUCUGAUUAUGCAGUAUAAUCUGUAUCAGAAGAUGGAGAUUUACCGCGCCAAACCGGCUACUCGCGGCGAAAUGACCCAAUUCCAUACCGACGAUUACAUCGAUUUCCUGCAAAAGGUUACCCCCGACAACAUGGAUAGCUACAUGCGAGAGCAGGGAAAAUACAACGUCGGUGACGAUUGCCCCGUUUUCGACGGCCUUUUUGAAUUCUGCGGCAUCAGUGCGGGCGGCAGUAUGGAGGGCGCAGCGCGUCUCAAUCGGCAAAAAUGCGACAUCGCUAUCAACUGGGCUGGCGGUCUACACCACGCGAAAAAAUGCGAAGCCAGUGGCUUCUGCUACGUGAAUGACAUCGUCCUCGGAAUCCUCGAACUCCUUCGAUUUAUGAAGCGUGUGCUCUACAUCGACAUUGACGUUCACCACGGUGAUGGCGUUGAAGAGGCUUUCUACACCACCGAUCGUGUCAUGACCGUCUCAUUUCACAAAUACGGCGAAUACUUCCCCGGAACCGGCGAACUUCGCGACAUUGGCAUUGGCCAAGGCAAAAACUACGCUGUCAACUUCCCUCUCCGCGACGGUAUCACCGACGACUCGUACAAAUCCAUCUUCGAGCCUGUCAUUGAGAACGUCAUGAAAUACUUCCAGCCCGAGGCUGUCGUACUGCAAUGUGGUGGAGACAGUCUGUCUGGAGAUCGUCUGGGUGCCUUCAACCUGAGCAUGGAUGGUCACGCCAACUGUGUCAACUUUGUCAAGAGCUUCAACUUGCCUACUCUGGUGCUUGGUGGAGGCGGCUACACCAUGCGUAAUGUUGCCCGAACGUGGGCAUUUGAGACGGGUGUCCUGGUUGGUCAAGAGAUGGACCGGACCCUUCCAUACAACGAGUAUUACGAGUAUUAUGCUCCUGAUUUUGAGCUAAAUGUUAGGUCAUCUAACAUGGAAAACUCCAACAGCAGAGAGUAUCUGGAGAAGAUUACUGCUGCUGUCAUUGAUAACCUCCGCCACACCGGCCCGGCCCCGUCGGUUCAGAUGCAAGAUGUUCCUCGGAAGCCAUUUGGUGGCAUGACUGAUGAAGAGGAGGCCGAACUGGAUGACAUGGACGAAGAUGAAAACAAAGACGUCCGAAUGACUCAACAUCGCUGGGAUAAGCGUGUCGAGCAUGAGAAUGAAUUUGAGCCUAGCGACGACGAUGAAAUGGCCCGCGCAAACGGAGCCACCCGUGCUAACGGCAAUAAAAGAACCUUUAACGAUUACCGUACAGGCGACAAGGAAGAUGACAGCGAACGGGCCUCCCCCGCCACAGCCACUAAUGGCGGCGCUCCUGAAGCGCCAGCCGCAGAGGAAACCCAAGAUGUUAACGACGAUACCAUUGAAGACUUUGCAGCCGACCAAGAAAAGAUGGCUUUGGAUAAGGAGACAGAGCCUAACGAGCCCAACGAGCCCAACGAGCCUGAAAAGGACAAAGAGGCGGAGAAAGAAAGCGAACAAGAAAAGGACAGCGACAAAGAAAAGGACAAGGUAGAUGAUGAUGGUGACGUUGGCAUGGCCGACGAUUCGGAGCCCAAGGAAGAAAAGGCUAUCAAGGAAGAGCAGAUUGAACCUGAACCAGCUCCCGAGCGGGUUCCCAGCAAGAGCCCCGUAGCAGAAGAAGAGCCAAAGGAGACCGCCCCCGAAGCUGAUGCCGUUGUUGCUGAUGCCGCUGCCGAAAAGCCAGCUACCGAAGAAGAAUCAAAGCCUUCAGAGGCUGAGCCAGAGAAGUCUCCCGAGGCAUCAUCCGAUACGAAAGAGAAGACGGAGCCGCCCGCAGAUGCAAUGGAGAUUGAUCAAGAAAAGGACGAGGCGGAGCCCAAAAAGGCCAGCACACCGCCUGCUUGA